AUGCAACCUCAUACACCUCAUGCACUCAUACACCCUCAUGCAACCUCAUACACCCUCAUGCAACCUCAUACACCCUCAUGCACCUCACACCUCAUGCAACCUCAUCAUGCAACCUUCAUACAACCCUCAUGCAACCUCAUACACCCUCAUGCAACCCUCAUGCAAACCUCAUGCUCAUACACCCUCAUGCAAACCUCAUACACCCUCAUGCAACCUCAUACACCCUCAUGCAACCCUCUCACCCUCAUGCAACCUCAUACACCCUCAUUCACCGUCAAACACCCUUAUACACCUCAUACACCUCAUAAAACCUCAUACACCCUCAUUCACCCUCACACACCCUCAUACCCCUCAUACACCCUCAUCACACCUCACACAACCCUCAUACACCCUCAUACACCCUUAUACAGCCUCAUACACCCUCAUACAACCUUAUUCACCCUCAAACACCCUCAUUCACCCUCAUACAACCUAAAACACCCUCAUACAACCUUAUGCACCCUCAUACAACCACAUACACCCUCAUACACCUUCAUACACCUCAUACACCCUCAUGCAACCUCAUACACCCUCACACACCCUCAUACCUCAUACAACCUCGCUACAAAUACAAACACCCUCAUACAACCUCAUACACCCUCAUACCUCAUACAACCUCGCUACAAAUACAAACACCCUCAUACAACCUCAUACACCCCUCAUACCUCAUACAACCUCGCUACAAAUACAAACACACAGACGUUCCCCCAACACCCACCCCUUGACAAAAUCUUUGACAGCCUUCUGAACAAGCUCUCUUACAAACGAGACUCAGACCAUUGUCUAGCAAAGUCGAACUGA